AUGGCUUCAGUAAGUACCUAUACACACAUACAAUUCACGUAAUAUCAUAUCUAUAGAGGUUCGGGCUGAAAUUCAUUCGAUUCGUAUAUUAAUAAUCGUCGACGUUGAAAGUCUCGAAUAGAACUUUCCAAACAUAAAAUUCGUUUAUAGAGCGAAGAAAAACUAAAAAAAAAAAUAAAAUAGCUAACUUUAUAUCGACUUUAUAUUGCCGACGGCGCGAGUGUAGUUUUGCGAGUCCGAAGACACUUUAAUUGUUUUUAUGUUUUACAAGUGAGUGGGUGGCUGAUUCAGUUGAGCAGAUCGUGGGUGUGAGGUGCUUGAGAUAGCAUAUGAAUUGGUUUACGUUUAAAUUUGUUUGCAAUAGGCGUCGAAAGGCGAGUUAAAUUAGCUCGAUUCAUUCAGCAAUAACAAUGCAACAAUAUAUCGGAGGCGUGGGAUCUUUUAUCAAAAAACAAGUGGGCGAGCAAAUUAGUGGGUAGUUCAAAUAAUCGUUUGUCGCAAUCACGCACGUGAAAAUUGUUCACUGAAUCUGUAUAUAAUGUUUCGCCGGCAAUUUAGCUGAUGGAAACAUUAGACUCAAAAUAUAUUACCGUCGUACUAAUAUUAUUAUUGUCGAAAUUCUUUCCCGAAAAUACAAAAUAGAGACUAUUGUGCCUUUUAUAAUACAUGUUAUAAUCUUUCACCGUUACUUUUGGACAUUUUUAGAGGCUUCUAAUUGAUCAAACUCGGGUUAAAACUCGGGAAUUAGAAUCGGUUUAUAGGCGAAUAUUGAAGUGAUACGAUUUCGGUUGAAUUUCACCGUGUUGUUGCGAGAGACGGGCGUUUUUUAGUUUUAUACGUUCCUACAGACUCCCUCCGAAACGAAGCCGGAAAAAUUUAAUUUUGUGUAUAUGCACGUUGUAAAUAUAUAUAAAGGAUGUGUAUUUCGGGGGUUUCGACUUUCAUUUAGGCUCGAAUCACACGUUUUCGCGAGAAAUAUCGUGGGUGUUAAACACACCCAAGGGGCUAAAAUGUGAUGAAACUCUGGUGACCAUACCUGUUUUCGAUUAAUUAUACAUAAACAAAAAAAAUGAAAUAUUGUAAAAGACGACCGGUCGACCGGAGAAAAAUUCGACCAUUUCGGUGACAAAAUGACUCUGCUGCGCGCGGGCAUUUUUAAUGUUUUUACACCUGGCACUUUUAACAGAGAAAUCUAAUGAUUGACCGGAUUUCAGAUAUCAGUCGCAGCGUUAUUGGCGAUAUUGGCGUUGGUCGGUGUUACGUCGGCUCGUCCCGGGGGCACCGACGGCGCGACAGCGGACGGCAACGGCCACGGCCGCGUUCAGCUGCAGCAGCCGGACCAUACGGCGCUCGAAGAAGUGGCGAUACCUCUGUACAGGGCCGCGGACACCAAAUCGCCGCACAAGGAACACAGUGGCGGCGGAAAACUAUCCAUCGUCCAUCUGAUAAUGAUCAUCGGCAAAGUGAUCGCUCCGCUGGUAGGCGCCAUCGUCGAGCCGCUGCUGAUCAACAUCGUCAAAGGCAUCACGUGGGCGAUAACAUAUUCGUUGGCUUCUGGUAAAUAAAAUAAUAAUUCGACAUAAGUAUAAUAAACCUAAAUAGUGCAAAUUGGAAUUCGAAAACCACCGAAAGUCAACAGAACGCUUCUCGAAAACCGAUUGCGUGCAAGUUUAAGUACGAAUAUUAUUCAUGUAUACGAUUCGGUUGACGCAGCGCGUAAUAUAGAAACAACAUUUUGAUGCAUUUUUUACGUUUGUUUUGCUUUUGUAUCCUCUACGACGUAAAAUUUUACAUUAAUUUUUUUUCGCCCUUGUUUUAGGGGAUAAAACCACUACCUAAUUUUGGUUUUCAAAUGACAAUCUAUACAGGGGGGGAGGGAAAUGCCAUAAAUAGAUGGAGUGUGUUGGUUUAAAUCAAUUUUGGUGUUGACAAUUUUUAAUUUCCGUCAACCCGUUGACGAGAUAUUCCACUUUGAAGUUUAGGCGGGCAGAGUGUAAUAUAGUGGCGCAUCAUAUGGACGCGCGGAGUUUUAAAUAAAAAUACCUAUAAGUAAAAAAUAGGAAAUAGUAAACAAUUUGUGUACAAUUCAAUGUAUUAUAACACUGAUUAUUUUAUAUCAUUCAAUAUACCAUAGCACUUUCUAAUCACGUUUUUAUUUUGAAAAUAUUUAAAAUCUUCCGAGUUUUUUUCCGUUUGUAUGGACGGCAAUAAAUACAGUCAACUCGAAUUCAAACUUUUGAUAAUUCGAAACUUUCGGUAAUUGGAAGUAAAUGCUCGUUCUCUUGAAAAUUUCGCGGUAAUUCGAAUAAAAACAAUUCAUUUAAGUAAGUAAGACUCUGUAAUUCGAAAUUAAAUUUUAGGAAAACUGGCCAUUAAAACGUAACAAUUCGAAGUUUCAUCCGUUCAACGCCAAGAAAUUUGAAGUUUAUUCACCGAAUGUAUUUCUAAUAAUCUUUUCGUUAAUUUAUUAUUAUUUUCGAUAACUAUAAAAUUAUUAUCAUAUAAGUACUUUAUCGUAAACAUUUUAUUUCUUAAUCGUCUCUCUUAUCGUAUUUUAACUCGUUAAAAGCCAAUAAAUACUGUAAUACCGCCUAAUUUGCUGAAAUAUUUAAUAAUUAUAAUAAAAAACUAACAUUUUUUCAAAAUUCAGUAAUUCUAAUUUUUUUUUUUUGCUCUUUCGAUAUUUCGAACUACUCAGCAAAUCGAAAUCUCGGUAUUUCGAAAUAUUUCAUAAUUCCUGCCAACUUCAAAUUAUCGAGCGUCGACUGUAUUACCGUUUAUUUUUGUCAACGCGUUAUGUUAAAAUUCGUUAAAAAUACAAACAAUUGUAAUUUAGUAUACAAUAAAAAAAAAAAACAUACAAUUUUCAAUUGGAAUUAGUCAACCUAACGGCAGCGGUCCUCCAGCAAUGUGAAGUACCUACGCCCUACAUUGUGGCUUUUCAAAUUUGUGUAUACUUAAGGAUUUACCCCGAUAAUUAUUGUUGAUGUUUGCUCUAAAAUUCUGUGGCGGCUUGUACCCUUUUUUACCACCUCACUUAUAGGUAUAUACGAUUAGAAAGUUAUGGCGGCUGGCUCUACAAUUUGUCAUUUCAAUAGUUCCAGCCACACGCCUAAAAUUCCAUCGGGUUUCGUUACCGAAUUUUCGAACCAUCAUCAAAACAGAGACGGAUUCAGGGGGCCUAGGAGCCCAAGCUCCCCUCUAUACAUAUUAUUUUUCCGAUUUUUUUUUUUUUUAUAAUUCUCUAUAGAUCCUGAUAUUACUACAUUCCAAUCACAGAUAUGUAUGAUAAUACAAUAAUAUAUUAUACUAUGUAUUGUAAUUGUAUUUUUGUUGUAAAUAAAUUGUUGCCCCCCCCCCUCAGAUCUUUGCUCUGUAUCGAUACAUUUUUUAUAGGGGUAAAUCAAAAUUUUAUCAUGUUAUAUAAUUAUAUUAUAGAGAUAAACUAUAAUAUAUUAUGAUGUAACCUUUACCGCGGUUGUAAAGUGUCUACGUAUUUAUCCGUGUUACAUAAAUUAAAUAUUUCGUACGAUUGGCACAAUAUUAUCGAAUAAUACGGUUGGGCAAUUUUAGAAAGUUUAAAUAAUCGUACGUCUUAUAAUAUCGCCGCUAUAGGUACCUAGUCCUCUCCCGCCACACAGUGAUUGUAUAAUUACUAGCUAUAUUUAAAUUAUUAUACUGCAUCUUUUGUACAAGAGGGCCGUAAUAUAGGAAUCGAACAUUUUUCAAUUUUAAAAUUUCGGUGUCCCUGAACUCUUGCUAUUUUUUUUUUUAUACAGUGGUGCGAUCUAUGUAGUUAUAUAUUAUUUAAUUGUCGGUUAAUGAAAUAAACUUAUUGUGCACAUUGAUAGCAGGUACCUAGCUGAGAACAAUAAAGCCGUAAAACGAAACGCGACCUUCUAUAACACUAAUAUACGAAUAUUUCUUGAUAACGUGAAUGGACGUCGUGGAACGAUUUAGCCAUAACAUAAUUCGGCCUUCUUGCAUUAAAACAUUUUUAUAACAUUAACAAAUCCGUAUUGUCAGUGAAACAACGUCAUACCGGUUAGAAAAUAAUGUUGUCUUGAACAAUUUAGAUACUAUAUUUAAUAUACAGCCUUCUUGAACUGAGAAUGCGAUAUACAGAGUGAAAAUAAAGGAUAUAAUCUUUCAUAUGAUAUCCGUACUCAGUAGUCAGCAUACUUAUAACCUAUACUUUAAAGGUGGUAUUUUCUUUUUUUUUAAACUCAAAAAUUUACGUCUUUAAGUUAUAACUGAACAAGUUUUUCUGUUAAGUAAAAAUGACUACCACGAUGAAAACGGGUGAACAAUUUUAAUAUGAAAUGAUAUGUGACAUAAAUCGUGUGCAUAAAAAAAUUUAAAAAAAUCGUUUGAUUAUAUCUGCAUUGAGUUAGUAUGUAAAUAUAGAUCUACAAGUAAGCGAAAUUAAUAGGUACCAAGUAAUGUAUAAUGUUUAUUUAUUUCAUGUAAUUAAAAAUAAUCGCAAUGCAGAUAUCGUCAAACGAUUGGCUAAGAAAUUGUACCCUAAAUUGAUGCGUCACACAAUUUGUAGUAAAUUUAUCACCGUCAAUCACCAUUAACCAUGACUAAUUACUAAAAGGUGCUAAAACGGUGUCACAUAUUUAUUUCAGAAUCAAAAUUGUUCACCCUUCUUCGUGGUGAUAAUCGUUUUUAAUUUGCAGAAAAACUCGUUCACUCCGGUCCACACAACAAAGUCGGUCUCAUCACACACUUGUAAAACGCUUACCUUUAAGUCUCAUUGGAACACAUAUCGUAUUGUCACAUAACACACCUGACGCUUUUCUCCGCUUUAUCCAACCCCGCUUAACGCUCAUCCUACGUUUCACGCCCUCGUCAAAGCCACCGUUCUAUUAUACAAAGGUCCCAAGUACGUAAAAAAUUAAAACUUAAAAUCUCGUCUAUUGUACAUUAUGACUAAGUAAUGUAAGAUAAUAAUAAUACAUUCAUUCGUACGUUUUACUCGGCGCACAAUCGAAUCCCAACUGAAUAACUAUAAUAUUUGAUAUUGGUCAAUAGACAUCGAACGAUAAACAAUUGCAGUCGGAUGAAGUUAUUAUUAUUGAAUCUCAUCUUUUGUACGUUUUAAUAUUAUUGUAUGUCCAAUAAACAUUCGAGUACCGGUGGGUCAGUCACAUUUCUCGUUGCAUUUUGUGAAUUUAGUUGGUAACGUCGAAAAUAUUACUGCUGGAACAAUGGUACCUACUCGGUUUCGUAUCUUUUUUUUUUAAAUUAUUGUUACAGCAUUUAUUCAAACAGCGUCCAAAUAACUAUUCACUAACGGUGAACAUGUUAUAUUAUAUCCAUUCAGAGGCUGAUGUAAAAAAUAGCCGGUUAACGUACGCAAAUAUAAUACUAUAAUGCAUUUCAAGUAUCCACUUUAUAUAUUAAAUAUUACGUAUGACUAAUAUGACUAGGUAUGGCACUAAUGUGCACAUUAGUCACAUUUCGGACUUAGGUCGGUAUUAACACACAGACGUUUAAUUCGCAGGGUUCGAUAAACCGCCGAGCUACGAACACUUCGUACCGGCGUUGAUACACCACGGCGGCGGCGGCGCCAUCAACGGCAUAAUCAAUGGCGUUAGCGGAGGGAACGGGGGUGGCGGCGGCGGCGGCGGCGGCGGCGAUGACGACGACGACUACGAUAACGGCGGCAGUGUAGGCGGCGGCGACGAAUACGAAUCGCACAAGCCGGUCGCUUAUUCGCUGAAACAGUUACCGGAACUGGCGCUACAGCUGACCAGUACCGUUCUCUCAGAGUCCAGUCGACCGGACCGGGAACAGGCCGUGGAGAACGCCGAGAGAAACCUCGCGGGACUUCUGGCCCAGCGCCAACGGGGCGAACCAGUACUGCGGCGAUAACGACGGGGCGAUCGCGUGAUCCAAAGAGGUCCGCGUGA